CUCCAACACCAUGUGACAUUGAGGAGCCAGCUGGCUGACGCUGAGCCGGAGCACCCGCCUGCAGCUUGGUAGCUCCAGCAGCGGCCAGAGCCUUGAUUCCCUCCAAGGCCCAGGGUGGAGCAGGGAGGACCAGAACGUUGCAGGGGUGUCCGGAGAGAGAAAACACAACACAGACUUCUGCAGCCUCUGCUGUGGUCACCUUCGCUCCACAAUGUCACUGAGAGUGCACACACAGUUUCCCAGAACCCAGGAGGACAUGGCAUUCAACCUGACCAUCCUGGUCCUCACCGAGCUCCUAAGUCUGGGUGGGCUGCUGGGCAACGGGGUGGCCCUUUGGCUGCUCAACCAGAACGUCUACAGGAAUCCCUUCUCCAUCUAUCUCUUGGAUGUGGCCUGUGCUGACCUCAUCUUCCUCUGUUGCCACAUGGUCACCAUCAUCCCCGAGCUGCUGCCGGACCAGCUGAUCUUCCCGGAAUUCGUACACAUCAGCCUGCUCAUGCUGCGAUUCUUCUGCUACAUCGUGAGCCUGAGCCUCCUGGCGGCCAUCAGCACAGAGCAGUGCCUGGCCACUCUCUUCCCCGCCUGGUACCUGUGCCGCCGCCCACGGUACCUGACCACCUGUGUGUGCGCGCUCAUCUGGGUGCUCUGCCUGCUGCUGGACCUGCUGCUGAGCGGGGCCUGCACCCAGUUCUUUGGUGCCCCCAGCUACCACCUGUGUGGGAUGCUGUGGCUGGUGGUGGCAGUUCUCCUGACUGCCUUGUGCUGUGCCAUGUGUGUGACCAGCCUGAUCCUGUUGCUGCGAGUGGAGUGUGGUCCAGAGAGGCACCAGCCCCGGGGCUUUCCCACCCUAGUCUUGCUAGCCGUCCUCCUUUUCCUCUUCUGUGGUCUGCCCUUUGGCAUUUUCUGGUUUUCCAAGAACCUGUUCUGGCACAUUCCCCUCUACUUCUACCACUUCAGCUUCUUCAUGGCGAGUGUGCACAGUGCAGCCAAGCCUGCUAUAUACUUUUUCUUGGGCAGCACACCUGGCCAAAGGCUGCAGGAACCCCUCCGGCUGGUGCUCCAACGGGCACUGGGGGAUGAGGCUGAGCUGGGGGCUGUGAGAGAGGCUUCCCAAGGGGGACUUGUGGACAUGACUGUCUAA